CUGAUAUGACAGUGAAAUUCGAGGAUUCGAGUGAUAAAGUCUCAACAUGAAAGUCCGUCACAUUGUUAUCUGCUUCAUCUUCCUCACACUGCAGGAUGGAAACACUGUUCCUUACAAUGCAAAGAUUGCCAUGCACACAGGAGUGGAAGGAGGAAACAUCACAGUUAAAUGUUCAUUUUAUAUCUUUGGAAAGUGGAAGCUCUUAUGUAAGGACCAAUGUGAAAGGGGAAACAUUCUCAUUGAAACAGCCGACCUUGUAGCUCAAAGAGGCAGAUACUUUAUUAAAUACAAAGAAGAAGAGUUUCCAACACGUCAUGCAGUUUUUUAUGUCAGCAUCACACAGCUGGAAAAAUCUGACUCGGGGCUGUACCGGUGCUAUUUGGACAGAGACUUGGAUCCAUAUUUGUUUGAUAGCUUUCAGCUCACGGUGACAGAAGCAUCAACAGCUUCAACACCAGCAUUGGGCCCGCAAUCUUCUUCAACUUCCACAGCAAUCACUAAACAGCCUGAAAUAACAUUUGUAAAUUCAGGUUUUCUCUGGCCUGUGGUUAUAGCUGUAGUCAUGGUGUUUUUGGUGUUGUUUGUUGUUGUGCAUCUCAUCUGCAAAAAGAAGACUACGGGCUCUUGUUUGAAGAAACAGAAAAUUAUGAAUUAUGAAAAGAGCGAGAUUGUUCUCUAUGACAAUCUUCUGACGUUGCCACCUGAAGAGUCAGUAUACCAGAGCCUGGAUCCAGCCAGCAGGGAUGAAGACCAAGUGUACCUUACACUUAAACAGACAUGAAAGCACAAAUAAUCCAGCAUUCAGGCCUGAAUUUAUGUGUCACAACAGACACAGAUUGAUACAACAGACAACAUCUUUAAACACUUCUUUAUUCUUCACUUUACUAAAAGAUAAUGAUUUUACAGAUUGAGCAUUAUGAUCAUUAUAAUAUUUUGGUUUAAAAUAAUUUCUCUUCUCAUUCUGGUGCAAAAUUAGAGCUCAUCUUAUAUUCAAAGGCACCACCUGGGGGUGCUGUAGGAGUAGUGACAAAUAUCAGGAUUAAAUAACAGCUCAUCAAACUGAUCUGUAAAGU